AUUUUAACAUGCAAACCGACGAUUUGUUUUCUUAAGAGAAGAAGGAGCCAGUGCGCCGUAGGAUGGAGCAGACGGUGGCGUGGAUGAGAUGGCGGCUUUGGUGCGUCGUAGGGCACAGCGUAAGGAGAGGAAGUUGAUGACCGUACGGUGGAUUGUUUCCGUCGGAGGAGUAAGGUAGCUGAGGAGGUGGCUGUUGAUUUCCACAACCGUAACAGUAACCUGACAUCGCUGGAAACGAAAAGGAGAAAGAAGCAAAGAAAGAAGCUUUCAAGAAGUAUUUAGAGUUCAGUGGAGUUAUUGAUUCUCUCACCAAAGGUAUUGUUUCUUUUUGUACAUUACACCAUUACUAAAACAUAAUGCAACAGUUUAUGUAUCAAAUAGUUUGAUCGUUUUCUGACAUAAUAAUUUGAUUUAUACUCUUUCGUAUGUUCUGGAACACAAUGUGGGUUUCGAAUGUACUUCUGGUUGUUUUGUAUGAGCAGGAUGACAAGCAGUUCCUGGACACCUUUGUUUCCAACCAAUAUGUACACAGAUAGUUCAUGUGGUAAUUGCUGCAACUUUGUUGAAUUCCCCCGUAAACUUUUAACCGGUCAGGACAUGUCCUACAAAGAUCAGUCAAUACUGUAUGAGCCCAUCAAAGAGCUUGAUAUCAUGUUAAACCAAACUGUUUUAGUAGAUGCAGGAGUUUCAGUAGAUAUAAUUUCAGGCGUGAAUGAUCCAGUAACUUUGCAUUAUCUCAGCAGCCACCGAUCAGUUGCCUUUUCCCCCGAUCAGCACCUUAUAACACCUUCAGAUCAUGUAGAAAUCUUCACUCAUUUGAUGUGGAUAAUAUCAGAUUUCUUGGAACUUAUGGUAAGAAAAUCAAUGACCUUCACAAGUACUCAGAAGCUAAAAGCAAGCUUGAUUUUGUCGAAAGAGCACUGAGGUGGAGACAUCUUGCUUCCACUGCACCUAAUACACUCAACUGUUAUCCUUUCACUGAUGGAGACUCUUUCGUGAUUGAAACUUGCCCUCAUGUCAUAAAUAUCACAACUGUUUGGUAAAAGGGUCAGAAGGUCAGCUGGUUAGGUUGAUCUGCAUUCCUAAAUUUUGUGAGAUCGGUAUUGCUGUUGCAGUGAGUUGAAAUUUGAGAAGAUACCAUCCUCAGUGGAAUUCAAUUCUUCUUUUGUAUCUCAAUUAAUCAAAUAUGGUUGUUCUUUGGCAGAAGAACUAAAGGAAUCUGGAGUGUCACACGCGUAGCUUUAACAUUCAGUUAUAAAGUUAAUCACAACACUGGAAAAUGUAGGUCUCUAGGUCAUACCAAAUAGAUAUAUGUUAUGUAUUUUCCAGAGAAAUACUUUUUGAGAUCUUUGGAAGUGUUAUUGUAUUAUUUCAUUACUUUGUAUAUAUAAUUUUAUAAAUUCCAGAGUUUUUUUUAGAAAACCAAACUAUUACAAUUCUAUAUUGUUCGAUGUUCGAAUAAAUUGUUAAAAUUAAACCUGAAUUUCAUAUCUCUUGCCUUACACUAUUUAAUUUAUAUACUAACAACUGCAUAAAUAAAUAUUAACCCAUAAAUCUCAGGUUUUGAACUUGAAACCGCUAAUAACGCUAAUGAUCGAUCAAAUCAUUACGAAGAUAAGAUAUGAAAAUAUCAACACAUGAGUUUACCGGUCAUUUUUAUAUUAACCUAAUCAAGCUGUUUCACUAUCAGUGUUCCAUUUAUCACCACUAUAGACAACCUUAGAGAAAAAAAAUAAAAAAAAAUGACAAUUCCGUACACAAAACUACACAAGGCAUCAAUAACUAAUCCAGAGACACUGCCAGGUCAGCCGUUUGUAAAAACGUAUCAUAUUUAAUUUUCUUUUUUUGUGUGUGUAUAUAUAUGUUUGUGUAAAAAAAUUUGUUGAAAUAAAUUUGAGAUUUAUUUAGCAAUUGCAUGGGUGGUGGCAAUGAUAAGUAACAACUAAAUUUGGUUUGGUCUUUCAAAUUAACUGAACACUAAUUAAUAAGUUAUUUAGUUAGAUAACAACUGAAUACGACAGUUUCUAAGUUUAUGAAAAAAUUAACCCAACAAAUUAGAUUGUAUCCAAUGAUAAAAAAAAAUAUUUUAGAAUGUAUUUACAACCAAUAAGGAGAAAAUAAAAGCCGGUAGUAGAUGAGAAGGACGAUGUCAAGAAAGAAGAGCAUAGGUUCCUCAGUUAGUAAGCAUGACUGAGUGAUCUUAUUUUUUGACAAAGAAGCUUACCCUAUUUCUGAAGGAAAAAAGUCAGGUUUUUGAUAGAAGUUCGAUUUUUUUCUAUGGUUUGGUUUUGCUUAAUUAUGUCAUAUUUUCAUUUAUAUUGUUUUCUCAUGAACUAUGCCCAUGUUUGGAUGACAAUACUCUUUUGUAGUUUUGGUUAUAAUUUGACUUAACUUAUCCCGAAUCAUAAGAUGAUUCAGUUUGGCAUAAAAAUAACAGAUUUAAAUCAUGGGCUAUUUUAAACAGAAACCAUGUUAACUAAUUUCAUUUAUCCUAUUUCUGCUGAGAUUUCAUCAACGCCAUUUCACAAAUUUUCUACAGAUUUUUUUUCUUGGUCACUUAGAAAACAUUUUCAAUAUGUAUAUCAAACUAAGUUUGCCUAGCUGUGAACUUAGUUAGACCAAUGAACUUAAUUUCUCAACUGAAAUAAACGAAGUAAGAAGCCCGUUAAUAUGUUAGUUUGUACUUCCUUUUGAGGACGGAAGACUUAUAAAUGUGAACUCAAUAACUCUAAAACCAUAAGAAUGGUUAAAUCAUUUGUAAAUUUAUCAAUUAUUUAAUAUAAAAAUAAUCAAAAUAAAAUAGAUUUCUGAACAUUACUAAAGUUUAAUAACUGCCGGUCCAUUUUUCUGACCAUUCUAUAUACAAUUUCCUAAAAAAUACACAACAAAUUGUGAAUUUAACCAUUUUGAAUUUAUUGAAAAACAAUGAAUACAUAAAAUAAAUUUAAAAUUUCCAAAUAAUUUUAGAUUUUUCUAUUAUUUUGUAAUUUAUAAUUGAUUCUAAUGUACAUUUACAAAUACAAAUGUUAAGUUAUAAAUUCUAAAGCUAUAAAAAACAAAUCCGGGCGUAGCCCGGAACAGUUCCUAGUAAAAAUUAAUGAUUACUAGGGGGGUUCUGAUAUGUAAAUAUCGGUAUCAGAUUGUUUAAGUUUUAAAAUGCUUCGUGAAAGCAUUAAUUAGUUUUUUUCAUGCGAUGAUUAAAUUGGUAUUGAAGAUUUAAGUUUAACCAUGAAAUGCUACAUUUUCAUUGCAUCAGAAAAAAAUUAAACAUGGAAAUUGAACAAUAGCAAAUUUAGUAGAAUAUUUUUCUUAGUAUAGGAAGUAUAUAUAUAAUUUGUUUUCUAAAAUUCUGUAUACUAAUUUUCGAUUAAAUAAUCAGCAAACUGUUUAGCCUUUUUUUUUAAACAGAUCUCCAGGAAGUAAUUUACUUAGGGCCAUGGGAUACGUAACAAAACUUAAUAAUAGAAAAGAGACUUAUAUAAAACUAACCUAUACUUCGUAUAUUCCCCCUCUUUGACUCCUAAUUCACCAAUGGAGAGUUCCCCGAUAUAAACGGUUCUAAAUUUUGAAUAAACUAUAUAUAGAACACACAACUAUCCAUAAAGUCUAAGCAUGCACCAUCGUCUCCAAUCUUUCUUCUUCUUCUUCUUUUAGACGUCUUCGUAAUCAGAGAACCCUAAUCUUUUCUUCUUGAUUUCUUCAAAUGCAUCACAAGGCUUCAAGCAGAGACACCAACAGCCAGAACUUUCCAAAACUCAAGAGUGUAGAAACUGAUCCAGAUCCUGACAUUUAUGACAUAACAUACGUCGAUGUCUCUCCCUCUGUCGGCUCCACUUCUCCUUUAUCCAAGUCCCCAUGGAUCGCACACGUCGAUCCCACCGACCUGGAACCGCCCCAUUCGGGGAUAAAGUCCACAGCCAACACAAGAGAACCUAAAAACUACUCACCUAACAUCCUCAUGGGCUCUCUCUUCCGCGAAGAAGGCCAUAUAUAUUCUCUAGCCACAUCUGGCGACCUACUCUACACGGGAUCUGACUCCAAGAACAUUAGGGUUUGGAAAAACCAAACCGAGUUCUCGAGUUUUAAAUCCAACAGCGGUUUGGUCAAAGCCAUUGUCCUAGCUGGAGACAAGAUCUUCACCGGACACCAAGACGGGAAGAUCCGCGUGUGGAAAGUCUCGUCCAAAGACUCCAACAUCUUUCGACGUAUAGGAACCAUGCCGGUUUUUCGAGACUACCUAAGAAACUCCAUCACGCCUUCUUCGUACUUCAGCUUCAUGAGAAAGAACCCGACCAGCACCAGCGCUCAGGGGUUCCGCCACGUGGACGCGAUCUCGUGCCUCACGUUGAGCGAAGACAACAAGCUUUUGUACUCCGGGUCGUGGGACCAGACGUUUAAAGUGUGGAGGAUCUCGGACCUCAGAUGCUUGGAGUCGGUGAAGGCCCACGACGACGCCGUAAACGCCGUCGUUUCCGGUUUCGACGGUUUGGUUUUCUCCGGUUCGGCGGACGGUACGGUUAAGGUGUGGAGGAGAGAGGACCAAGCUAAGGAGACGAAACAUUUCUUCUCCGAGACGCUGCUGAAACAAGACUGCGCCGUUACGGCGAUCGCGGUUGAUCAGAGCGCGACGUUAGUUUACUGCGGUUCGUCUGACGGAACCGUUAACUUCUGGGAGCGGGAUAAUAACAUGAAAAACGGCGGCGUUUUGAAGGGGCAUAAGCUCGCGGUGCUCUGCCUCGUGGCUGCGGGGAGCUUGUUGUUCAGUGGCUCGGCUGAUCUCGGGAUUCGCGUUUGGAGGAGACCGGAACGUGGUGACGGCAGAGGCGGAGACGUUGGAGGAGGAGGAGGAGAGCACGUGUGUAUUGCGGUGUUGAAGGGACAUGCAGGUCCGGUGAAGUGUAUGGCAGUGGAGAGAGAUCAAGAAUCGGCUUCGGGUGAGAAACGGUGGAUCGUGUACAGUGGGAGUUUAGAUAGGUCGGUGAAGAUGUGGCGUGUGUCGGAGAGUUCGCCGCCUAUUGAAGACCAGUCAUCGGAUCCGUUUGAUGGUCCGACUGAAUUAACGAUGGCUCCUAGCUUCUCGGGUAAAGGGAGAGAAUGAAACCAACCCCAAACACUAGUUUUGUUUCGUUUUGUAUGUGUAACGAUUUACAUUUUUUUUUCUUUUUAAUUUGGUAAAAUAUGUUCGUUAAUUAUUUCUUUUUUUUUUAAUAUGGUAAAAUGUUUUCGUUAAUUAUUUUUUCUUUCUUGUUAACAUCAUCUCAUCUACUUGAUCGAGUGUUAGGCAUAUAUCAUAAAGUUAAGGGGAUAAUACAAGUUCUUGUAAGGAUUUCAUUUCUAUUACCUUUCCUAGGUCUCGGCAUUAAUUUAGGUUCAGUUUAGGUCUUUCGAGUUUUCAGAUUUCUAGAUUCAUUCUCAUAGACAAUAUUCACAUUAUAUGAAUUGGUUUGGUUAAUAAAGAUUUUGGUUCAUAUGUAGAUUAUAACUCAGUGCAAAAUUAAGUUUGUGAAUUUUUUUCCUCAAUUUAAUUUGCCUUUAAGAGCAUGUUUAUAUCCUCCAAUCUGACGGCAGUUGAGUUAGAAAAACUGCUCCACUUAAUUCGUCAGCUCAAUUAUAAGCCCAGCUACUGAUCUCCUAUAAAACCACACACGAUAUAGGUCGGUGUUUUUCCAAUUAGGAUUUAAAAGAACAAAAUAAAUUCGUGAUAAUAUAAAAUCAAGAUAAAUAGAGCUAAAUAGUAUUUGAAUUUGUAACUUUGUAAACCAUAAACCACCGCAAUGUUAGUGUCCCUAUGGCAAUCGUGUCUAGAGCUAAUAGUCCUCCUAAUGGCAUUGGUUUCAAACCAUCCCGUGGCAAUCCAACCGGCCGGUUUACCAAUGGCCGUACUAUAGCUGAUAUCGUUGGUAAGUUAAUAGAAACAUUCAUACAAAAUAUAAACUGAUAUUUCAUUUUUGUAAUGAUUAUACUAACAUUUAUUUUAAUGCUGUUUUGUUGUUUAUAGGAGAAAAGCUAGGGCAACCAAAUUAUGCAGUUCCAUAUCUAGCACCAAACGCAAGUGGUGAUGUAUUACUAAAUGGUGUGAAUUGCGCAUUAUGUAGUGGUGGAAUUCACAGUGCUGCUGGAAGUGUAUUUGUAAGUCAUGUUCGUUUAUCUGCAGCAUACUAUAUGUCAUGUUCGUUUGGUUGGCCGAGAAGUUCAUGUUAUAAUGAGAAAGUAAAUUAUUUUUAUAAAUAUGUGUGAAAGCAUGUUUUCAGCUCAAAUGAUUUAUUCGACUGUGUAACAAAUAUAUUCGUAGUCCAUGGACCUUCUAAAACAUCCAGCAUUAACACUUGACUACUGGGCUCAUUUAGCUAAAAAACGGAAAUACGUGUAAUAUUAUUCUUUGCAACUUCACAUUAUCGUCAUUCAUCAUACUAAGAACAACAUUAUUGGAAUUUCUUGCUACUGAGGGUCCGAAUGGUAACCGCGGAAUUGGUAAUAUUAGCAAGACGGAAUUUAAGUGCGGUACGGUCCAAGUGUGGUUCGUGCGGUUUGUGGGACUAGUGCGGAUUUGACAAAAUUAGUGGUGCGGAAUUGUAUUGAUUGGUGAACAUAUAUAGUUUGCGGAAUUGAACAAUUAAAAAAAUAGUGUUAAACAAAAAUAUCAAUGAAAUCAAUAUAAUUUAUGUUUUCUUUUAUUAACUAGAAAAUUAAUUAAUAAGUAUAAAUCUAGCUAUAUAUAAUAAAAAAAUGAAUAUUACGAUAUUUAUUUAUUUUUACAAUUAAAAUUUUAAAUUUUAUGAGUAUACCAAAAUAAGAAUAACAUAUGAGAGCUAAAAAGAUUUUUUACAUUCUUUCUUAAGAAAAUAAUUUUAUAGUUAUACAUACAUAUACAUUUCUUUAGUUAAUUUAAAGUUAAGACUAAAAUUUAAAAUUCGGUUGAGCCGGUUGGACCGGCCGACCAUUGAUCCAUUUAUAGUGGUGAAUUCAAUUUUCGAAAUAUUGUAUAGAUGUUUUAUAAAUCUUUAUAAAUAGUUUAUAAGGAUUAAUUAGUCUUUUAUCACAAACUGGUUUAGUGCUAACGUGUAAAUACAUUAAAAUAACUAAUUUAUUUAAUAGUAAUCCACUAAAAAUUAUAACUACAUCAAAAAGUUGUUACGUGUUUUAGUGCUAGCAUAGUACUACUAUGCAAGAAAGUUGUCUUGAUUUAUUAGUCUUAUAUACAAAUAAAAUUUGUUAGUAAAAGAGAAUAAUUUGUCUUUCAAAAUGCACAGUCCAUUAAAAAGUACAGUCCAUUACACCAAAAAAUGCACAGUUCAUUUAAAAAAAAAUUCCAUAACAUAUUUAUAGUAUUAUCUUUUACUGUGUCAUAUGCAUAUUUUAAAAAUAUAUAUUACAAAAUAAAGUAAAUAUAAUUACUGUUGCAAAGUAUAUUUAAAAUGCACUGUCCAUUAAAAAGUAACAAAAAUGAACAGUUACAAUUAAAAACACAGUGCUAAUUGUUACAAAGUAAAUUAAAAAUGCACAGUCCAUCACGUAACAAUAACAUACAUAUUUACUCUAUUUUUAUUUAAAUUGAAAGUAACAUUUUAAGGGUUUGUGUUCAAACAAAAAAAAUGAAUAAAAAUAACUAAAACUUGAAAAACGCCUUUGAACCGCAUGAAAAUUGGAGAUAUGAGAAAACAGGUGCGGUAUUGACGAAACUUGAACAAACAAAAAAAUUGUUUGAAGAGUGCGUUAUUUAACAAAUACGCACCGCUAAUUGGUUUUCACUGUGAUUGGUGACAUUUUUAAAAACCUGUCAAAUCGAAAGAAAAACGUCCCGCACUAGUGUUUCCAUUCGUAACCUAAGUUCUUAAAAUACAUGUAUGUGUAUAUAUAUAUUAUAUAUGCGUAUGUAAUUGCGGAGUUCUAAACUUUACGGAAAACCCAACCGAAAGAUUCUUAUUUAAAAAACUUUCGGUUGGAUUUCCCUUCUAAGCUUUACGGGAAAUCCAACCGAAAGAUUCUUAUUUAAGAAAUUUUCGGUUGGAUUUCUCGUAAAGUUUAGAACUCUACAAUUAUACACCCAUAUAUAAUACAUACAUACAUAUAUAUAUAUUUUAAGAACCCAUGAUCAAGAAAUCCCAAUAAUGUUGCUCUAAUGUUUUAGGACUUCCUAUCAGAAUUCUACUAAUAUCUAACAAAUUAGAAAAUGUGAUUUUAUCAGUUUUUAUUGAUUAUUGAAAAUUGAUAAAUAGGGUUUAGGACGGCGAGGGAGGCGUGCUGUGUGACGGGAGGGAUAUUGCCAUGUGGACCAACCUAUAGCCUUUGUACGGACCGGUCAAACCAUGUGUUUUGGGACGCGUACCAUCCCAGGCCCAGCGAAGCUGCUAAUCUCCUCAUUGCUGACAAAUUCGUUACUCUUUUAAUCUUCUCGACCCUCGGGACCUUUGAGAAUCUUUAUGUAUAUUUCCCUUAUCGAAAAAUUGUUAUUUCUAAUAUGACUGUGAUAUUCUUUAUUUGUUUUGUUUUCUGUUAGCUAUGGUUAUAUAUUACCGCUGAAAACAUAAUAUUAGUUUUGUUUUGUAUGACAAAAAACAUAAUAUUGUUCCUAUUAGAAGAAUGAAUCGACAUUGAGCAACUCAUGUUUAUGGAAGUAAUAAAGAACAAAAAAUUCCGAAAAGCAAAAAAAGGGAAUAAUCAGUUAUAUGUUGUUUAUAAGAAAUACUAUUUGGCCAACUGAAGUAAGAAAAAGAUUGGACCGUUGGGCUCCAACGAUCGCAGAUAAACAUGUUGUGAUCAAGAAAAAGACGAAACUGAGCCUCUUUGAUGCACAUGCAAAAGACAAAAACGCCCUAAUAGAGAGGUUGUUAAGAAACGGAAUGGGAGAACAGAGAGGAUUGAGGAAGAAAAAGACAAGAAGAAAAGAGAGGAAUAAGGGAGAGGGUGUCAGUAGUAUGAUCUGAAAGGACUGGCCGGACCCAAUGACCGACAAUGAAAGGACGGGUGUAAUGCAAAUCGUCCCAGAUGGCGCACCACAACAUACAAACCACACUUCUCUGCUCUAUCCACUGUUUUGGGUGUGAAAGCGACUAGAGAGAGAGAGAGAGAAGUCGUUGAAAUCGAUGGUGGUUCAUGUGUGGGUCAUAUCAUCUUCCCCCGGCUGCGCGUGCUUAUCUACCUCCUUCGACCCUCCCCGACAGCUUCACUUUUGUCUGUUUGACCGUCUCUCCCUCUGCUAAAUAUAUGUAUAUAAGUUUGUUUGUAACUCAUUUUUCACUUAUAUACAAAUGGACCAGACCAGUAUGGAAACUUAAACGUCUGAUUAGUUAUUUGUCUUAGUCACAUCCUAUGUUUGGUAGAGUAUUUUCUUGACGUGCACCUGCAAAGUCGUUAUGUUUUUGUUGUUGUUGUUGUUUCAUUUCGUAUAAUAAGUUGCUUGCAAAAAAAAAAAAAAGUCGUUAUGUUUUUUAAAAAUAAUUCGAGGAAUCUUAUAAUAAUAAUUUAAGAGAAAAAAAGACAAGAAGUGAACGAUAAAUACAGAGAGAGACAGAAUGAUGGGAGGGGUUGGGACAAGGCGUGAAGAACUGUUACUACACUUUUCCCUCUGAUUGCGGCUUCCGAAUCCGAUUCCCUCCAUCACAGUUUUCUUAUAAUAUUUUCAUUAUUAGCUGAAAAUAUAAAUGGUGAAAUAUUACUAUAAAAUAUACCUACAAAUUUGAAUUUGGAUGAUAUUAUUCCAUUUAUUAUACUGUAUAAUAUAUGAACAUAUUCGUUUAUAUGUCACGAGUGAUCGCCAUAUACUGUAUAAUAUAUAGUGAUUAAUCACAAUGACUAAUUACAUAAUCUUAAAACAUUUAAACAAACAAUAUUUGGUCACAAGUCAUAAUCGUAAAAGCACACAAACAAACAAGACUACGGAGAAAUGCAUUUCCAUAUUUGCUUGUUUGCUAUACUACUGCUAUUAUUUUGUAUAAAAUGCUAUGUUUGUUUUCGUACCAUCUAGUGUGUAUUUUUUGGAUAUAAGUUUCCUUUUUAUCUCAUGUUUUAACUUUAAAUCACAAAACCCAAAUAGUUACUGAAUGGAAUCAAAUAAUUGAUUAAUCAAAUAAAACAGAUUGGAUCAGAGAUACUUUCAAAAAUCCAAAUAUUUAGUUCGGAUUAAUGUGAUUCUCUUGACCAAAUCAAACUCCAAUAUACAAAUUGUUUUAAUCGUCUUAUGUCGACUAACAUAUAUUAUGAUCCGUCUGUCAAAUUCAAAGAAACAAAACCAUAAUCUACGACGUGAAUUUAAUUGGUUAGAAAUGAUAAUACGUUAGUGUUUUACUGAAGAAUCACAAAAGCAGGGUCCAUCGUAAUUACCAUUCUAAUUAGAAAUCCAGCACUAUGUAAAAAUUUUAAUUAAAUAAGCGACUGUCAUCCGUCUUUAUUCCAGACUAUGAAAUUUAUUGCAGAUUACAUGAAAUCCAGUUAUGUAGUAUUGUCGGUUGUUGAAUCGUCUAUGUAAUCUUUUCUAUAUCAUAAUUGUAAGAUUGUAAUAAAUCAGCGUUAAAAAAAAUAAGUAUUUUCAAAAAGAACAAUCUCCAAAUAAACAAACAAAGAUUUAAAUCUUUAAUUUCAAAAGCUGCGUGAUCCCACGAAGAGCAAUUAUAAUUUAAUUAGUGUCAAACAAAGUAAUAUAACAAAUCCAAUAGUCCAUUUUCAAGUUUAAAUCUGACGAAAACGAUCGAAAGUGUUCAUUGUUUCAAACUUUGUUGAACAUGCAUUUGAUUUUCUUGGAAUGAUUUCUAAUAGUAUAUAAAAAAAUAUAUCAAAUAUAACCAUUACAUAAUUACACAUGUAUAUAAUAUGAACGUGUCACCAAUUACAAAGACUAUAAGAUUAAUUUGAUAUAUAUAAACAUGUGUUAUGUAACUAACUUUAUAGUUAAAUAUUAUUAUUGUUGAAAAUGGAUCAAUCGUCACAAUAUAACAACUAAUGUUAAAAACUGAUUCAAUCUAAUUUAACCAAAUUCGAUCUAAUUUAAUUGAUAGUUUUUAAUUGGUUUAGAUCAUUUACAGUCAGUUUUUUACUUAGAGCAUGUUGGUUUUUAAUAUAUUAACUUGUCGAAUUCCGAGUUCACUUUUCCAACAACAGACAUAUAGUUAUAUUGUUAAUUAAUAUAUGUUAUUAUUUUAGGCAUAUAUACGUAUAUAUACAUAUUAAUUAAUAAAUUGUGUUUUUAAUUUUAAUAUAUGUUUAUUAUUUUGAUUUUAUAGUUUGCACUUUGCAAUGAAGAACACAUUAAUGUUUUCCAAUUUGUGACAAUUUGAUAGUGUGUAAUUGAUAUAAUUCACAAUUAUUUUAUUUUUAAAAUAUCCAAAUUUACUAUAUUCCUUUGUUAUUAGCUUACAUUAAAUCAAUCACUUGAAUAAAUAUAAUCUGAUAAUGAUAUAUUAAAAAUCGGUUAUAAAAAAUGAUAUAUUAAAAAUACAGUAUUUUUUUAUUCUAAACAAUUGGAUAUAUCAAAAUAAAUUAUCGAAAAAUUAAGUUACUUUGUGCAUCAGAAACUUAUUAUCAUAUUUGAGCAUGAAACUUAAAAAAUCUUGUAGAAUUAAUGGGAAGGGGGCGUACAUUGAUAAACACAACAGCCUCCUCCUACCUGUGUGUUGCCCACUGCGACCUAGACCUCUCUCUCUACGCAUAAUCUCUGUAUUAUUUUAUUCCACAUGCAUUUGUUUUCCACAAGAGACGUAAUAUGUCACUAUUACUAGUUUUGACUCUUGUUUACUAAUUGAACUUAAAGACAAUGCCAUGACUCCAUGACGAAACUUUCACAUUAUUAAACAAAUAAGUACAAUAAUUGUCUUUUUGUCAAAAAUUCUUUAUAAGGUUGGUAAAGAUAGUACUAAAAUAUGUAUCAUGAUGUUUUCCCGGUAAUAUAGGUAUCAAGGAUUUAGUAAUUUUAGAACCACUACUGUGAAUGAUCACCUCGUUGAAGUUUUUGAAAAAUAGUUUACGUUUUAAACUCAUUUCAUAUAACCUCAACCUCAAGAAUAUUCAACUAAACGUUAGUUGUGCCAUAUAUAUACUUUUCACAUAAUCAAUAGUACUAUUUUUGUAGUCAAAUAUUGCGAGAUAUAUUUUCUUUUCUUUUCUUUUUUUUUUGCUAAAUUAGAGAUAUAUUUUCAUGACGGCCUUUAUGUGCAAAUUUAUAUGCUCCUUUUUUUGAACUUGAAUUUAUUAUGCUCCUUGGAAAACGUAUAUAUCAAGUUAACUCGAAUAUCAUUUUUUUAAAAUAAAAAAUACAAUAUAAGAUAAAAAUGUAAAAAACUCUUAAAGAAAACUUAAAAAAAAUAUUUAUGAAAAUUCCAUGACAAACUUACCGUUCAUUUUAAAAAAUUAAACUUAGUUUUA